AUGUCCUUCCGGAACAUAAACCCUGAUCUCAACAUCCCCGGCGCACCAGAGUACCCCGACACGCUCUCUCCCACCGAACUCGCCAACACCACAGUCCACCCACCACGAGAACUCGAUCCCGAAUACACCACCGACCCCUUCGACGUCCUCCCUCCCUCUUUCCCCGCCACCAAGGAACUGCCCGACCCGCUCGUUCACCCAGCCCUCUACGCAGCAGCCGCAGACGUGAUCCGACUGACUAACUACUACCUCUGGGCCCACGGCCCAUACAGCGUACCCCCAAAAGAAGAAUGGGUCAUCCAGGAAGCUCUGAAAUUCCCGGGCAGAUUUCCCCUACCCCCCGAUCCACGCACACUGUAUGUCAAGGAAGGAGGUGGCGAUCCGACGGGUGACGGUAAGAAACUAUGGACGAAAGCGUGCAGAGUCGUGAAGAAGAUGGGCGUCGAGGAGAAGAAGAGAUUCCUCAAGACUACGCGGCAACAGCAUUUGGAUGUGCAUAAUAGCGGGUACAAGGAUACGAUCGCUCACUUUGAAAAACAUAUGAUGCGCUUCUUCUGCCGGUACCUUGUCUGGCGCGAGCAUGUCAACAGCAACCAUGAUGACGAGCAACCCAGCCGUCAGGAGAUGGAGGAAUUUUGGACACGGCACGAGAGCGGCGCGAGUCUCGCGGAGAUAUGCCACGCGUUCCCCAACGCCCGUGAUAUGCACAUGCUGGUCUACCGUAUCGAGCGAUUUGCCGUAUACACGCCCAAGCCAGCUGUGGACGGCGAUCCAACAGAGUCGUUAUACAUGCGCAAACGCGUCCCGUCACGGUUCGAGAUCCAAGAAGAUAUCCAGGACCAUCUUGAAAUUGUCGGCGCUGCCACGCUUCCGCAACUUCUGCAGGAAGUGUAUCCCAACGGUAUUGGAAACGAGCAGAUCGUCGCAGAUGUUCUUUUUGCAACAACUGUUCUGUCACCCGUUGUAGGUUCGUUCUACCUCGCCGCAAACCCUAGCCCGACGCCGAGAGAAGUUCGGAGUCGGCUGUGCGAGAUCGACGGUCGCACACUGGACAGCCUUGUUGAUGCAUUUGCCAAUCGCAUUCAUAACCCCGGCGACUUUCUCGCACUGCUGUCUUCCGUCGGUUACGAGGACGAUGGUCUGUGGUACGCACGCACUGUUUCUGACGGUGAAAUUGAGUCCCAAGCAGAGAGCCUGGCAACGCGCAACUAUGCACGUCUCCUGUUCAUGCUCGGCAAAAACGAGGUAGCGGUAGCUGGCUUGCUGGCAGAAAUCGCCGACUGGGAUUCUGCAUCUGGUAGGUACGUGAGGAGACCUGAGAUUGUACCCCCGAGUCCAACGGAAGUCGACGAGGAGGUGUACAUGCGUGCGCCACCUCAGACACUGAGCAUCGACAUCUUUCCUGGGGAAGAAACAGCCCCUUUCGUACCGCUAGGACCGACUGGAGUCGAUGGAACUACACAGACUGAGCAUGCUCCGCCUGUUACUCCUUCUAUCGCUCCUCCUACUGCUCCUCCUGUUGCUCCUCCAGUUGCUCCUCCCAUUGUCCCCGAAGAUGAAGUCCCUCCGCCCGAGGAUCCCGAACCGGCUCCAGCGCCCACAGAAAAGCGCAAGCGGACAGAGGAAGACCAGCCCGGACCGUCUACAAAGAAGCCCAAGCCUCGAGAAGAGACCCCAUCCGACGACGACUUGCUCUCAUCCGAAGAAGAAGACGAAGAGACCGCAGCGUACUUUGAAACACACUUUGGUUUACGCCCAGGCACAUCUACCACUGGCGGUACGGGUAAUACUGGAAAGAAGGGCACUGAUAAGGCGCCUGGAAAGAAGUCCAAGCCCACGCGUAGCACUCGAAGAACUCGGGCAGGAGACGACACGGAGCUUGUGCAAUGCGGUGGGACAACGAAAAAGAACGCACGUUGCCAACUGAAAAAGAAUUUGCCGGUUGGAGAAGCGUAUCUUUGUAAAACGCACAGCGAUGCAGCAUAA